AAAGAGCUUUUAUAUGGACUUCUACCAUCUUUUUCUAGCUUGUAGUGCUGAUGUGUGUUUAAAAUUUUGUUUUUAGAGGGUAUAAGCUAUCUUUUUUUGUGUUUAUUCUUUAUUCGGUUGUUUUCCAGUAUGCCUUAUUAUCAGACCUGGGAAGAAUUUUCGAGAGCUGCAGAGAAGCUGUAUUUGACAGAUCCAAUGAAGGUUCGAGUGGUUCUCAAAUAUCGACAUUGUGAUGGCAAUCUGUGUAUGAAAGUGACAGAUGAUGCAGUGUGUCUGCAGUACAAGACUGACCAGGCUCAAGACGUCAAGAAGAUUGAAAAAUUGCACGGAAAACUGAUGAGAUUUAUGGUGUCUAAGGAAUCCCGCAGUGUUUCCAUGGAAACGGACUGAGUGCUUAGCUCUGUAUUGAAGCCAAAAUAUGGGUGGUUUUUGUGACUUCACAAAAAAAUGACAGAACAAGGGAGCAAAAGACUUUUUGAGGAAGUUUCUGUAUGGGGGUGGGGGGGACGGGGAGAGGAACUGGGUAAGAAAAAAGGAAUGCCUGUUUUGGGUAGGGGGACCUCUGGCUCUUUGGUAGAAUCUUGGAAGAAGUCUGUCAAAGCUCCCAAUAGACAGCCAGUAUUUAUUUUUUGUUUAAAGCAGGACAAAACAUUGUAAAAUGAUUAACUGUUCACUUAUUGAUAAAUGUUUAGAUUUGACUUUCAUUUUGGAAGUCUCUUUGUGAAUAAAUAUUUGCCUUCAAAAAAACAGUUCCAGAAGAAGCGGACAUCGUGAUCUCCUGCUCAGAACAAUAUAGAGACAUGGCCUUUAGUUAUAAUUUACUCAGCCACCCUCUUAUCUGAAUGUGCAUGUUUUUUUUCUUUGCACAUAAUAAAUGUUAGUGUACUAACUUGUUUUAAUAAUUCCACAAAUUCAAAUCCAUUUUCUCUCUUCCUCCGGCAUUUCUUUUUACAUGAUGUAGUUGCAUUAUCUUAUGUUUUAUCCCAUGCCACCUAUGUCAGUAAUUAAUGGUACUUUAAAUAACUUCAGUAUGACUGUAAUCUGCAUAUUCCAAGGUCCUGAGACUGUUUAGUAUAAAGUGCAGUACACAUCCAGACUUUUUCUGAGGUGCAAGAUUUAAAAUAAAUUUUUGAAAAGAAAUGAUGUGCAAACUUAUGUACUCCAAAAAUUUACUUUCACAUUGCACAUCUAAAAUGCUGUCAGAUUUUUGAUCCAAAUAGAAGUGAAUUUAUAAAGAUUAAAAGCUGUCCAUCAGGAUCGAUAGUACAGGUAACUGCUAUUUAAGCUUAUUCAAAGGGGAACUACAGUCCCAAUUUCUCAGACCAUUUAUUAAAUCACAGUAAAAAAAUAAUCAUUUUUAUAUAGGGAAAUAUUAUUCCAAUUAAGCACAAAAUUGUUAACUUUGUAAAAGUACUGUAAGUUGCCAUGUUGUCACAAACCCCUUCGCAGGCAAGAGUAAGAAUUCCCGUGAAUUGUGACGUGAAACAGCCCUUCUGCUCACUAAUCACUGUAAUAACUAAUGUAAUGUGAUCUAAGAGUGAAUUAAGUACAAGUUGUGCAGCAGAUAUUUCACUGCAGAAAGUUUCCAGUGUGAUCUGCAUGCAGAGUUAAGUAAAGUGUUUAUUGGCAAAACUGUCUUAAAGAUGAGAGCAAUAUUUCUAUUGGAUUAAAAGAGAUGAAUUCACAAGACUGCU